UGAAAUCAUCCGCUAGCGAGGCUGUGCUGUCACAGGGUGAGGGCAGGCUAUUCAACAUGCAAGGUCUCAGUUUCUGAGAGACCACCCACAGGCAACCCCAUACUUAGUAACCCUGUGGUAUAUUCAUAUCCACCCUACUCUGAGGCAUAGUCAACUGAAUCUAUAAGCACCAAAGCAAAUUACAUACUAUUUUUCCCAAUGAAUGAUCCAGUUCACAGCCAGCGAAGACCCUACGGCGUAGCAUGCACGACCUGUCGCCGCGCCAAGAUCAGAUGUGUGACUACUGGCUCUGUUCCAAACCGCUGCGAUCGCUGUGCGAGGUUGCAGAAAGACUGCAUCUUUGAGUCACAUCGACGAGGACUGUGGCGCCGGGAGAGGAAUGCAUCCAGAUCAGAUAAGCUGGUUCAGCCCGUGCCGCUACUCGCAGUAGCACCCAGUGGUCAAGAGAGAGACGGCGGUCUUCAUCAGGCUUCGGCUUCCACUACACCCUCGGGCGGCCACGGGGCAUCAGGCUCCCUAUGCUUACUUGAUGAAGAGCAUACCGCGUUGGGAUCGCAAGGGGACUAUACACCAUUCAAUGAAUCUUUCUCUCCCCAGUCGUCUAUAAUGCACACGCAAGAUACUCGAGGGCUAUGUUUGCAUACUGCUCUGGACCCUAACCGGAUCAUACUUGGCGACGGCGAUGGCGAGAGCUGUGAUGCUUCCCCGGUUGUCCAAGAGAACACGCAGGGUACGGAAACGGGCGAUCCUAUUGACCUGAAUUUGAUCAGUCGCCCUUCUGCACAAUUCUUAUAUGAAGGAUUCUACAAGCACUUUAAUUGCUUGGUGGGGUUGCUGGAUCCAGCUCUUUAUACAUUCUCAUACACUCGGCAAAGAUCAAGCUUAUUAUUCACCUCGAUACUGACUAUUUCGUCCCGGAUCUUCCGGCCAGAAUCAUACCCUAUCCUGCGAGAACACUCUGAAAGCUUACUUGGAAAGGCUUUGCUGGCUUGCGACUCCGCUAUUGAAAACAUAUGGUCGAUUAUAUGCAUGUAUCACUGGAAGGAUGUUGGAGAUACGAGAGGCUAUACCCUGGUGGGGUUCGCGCUUCGCAUGGCGGUUUCUGCGGAAUGGAACAUGCCGAGGCGGCGCUGCGCCUGUGAUGGGAGUGAGGCAUCCAAAUCACAUGAAGCCGAACUUGAGGUGCGGCAGAAGAGGGAUAGGGAUCGGGUCUGGCUUGCUCUAGGGAACAUAGACCGGACGUCAAGCUACUUUACAGAUCGACCGCUAUUUCUUGCACCGAUUGAUGGGGGGUCGGCGUCUAGGUCCUGGCUGACUCUAGACAAAUGGACGUACCCUCUAGGUGAUGGCAAAGCCGUGGGAGGGUCUGAGCUGACCAGGAUUGCUCAGCCUGCAUAUGAUAUUAUGAUGAAGAGCCGUAAGCAAGGGUCGGGGUCCGAACUUGCAGACAACGUUGCCUUCAAAUCAGCAAUCAAGGAGUUGAACAAGGGUCUGACGGAGUGGGGAGAGUACUGGCCGACCGUUUUUACCAAGUGCUCUGAGCCCUGGCAAGUCCCCUUGAUAUAUUUCUUCCAAGACUACAUGCGUCUAUCUUUCAACUCGGUGCUUUUGCACCGGAUUCUGGCUGCCAAUGAUAAUAAUACUUUGCACGAGGACGCAGUAGAGACCAUCCGUGUCUGCUAUUCAAGUGCCCUGAGUGUGCUUCGACAGAGCAUCUCACUAGGCAAAUUAGAUGUACUUUAUUAUUUGUGGGACACUGCACAUCUAAUGACAGCCUACGCUGCAAUGUUGCUGCUCAAGCUCAUGAAGCAAGCUGGGCGGGUGCCCGGUGUCUCUCUUGAGGAAGGAUUGAAAGUCCUCAAUGAGGCAAGUGCCAUACACGCCACUGCGGCCGACUCGCUUGGCAGUUGUUACCAAAGGCUCCAUCCUGCGAGAUCCCUGCCAUCAUGCCCCCUUCAUGCACAGGCCCGCCUUCUCUCUGCCAUUGUUUUCCGAAUUCAAUCAGAGUUCAGGCUACAGGGUCCGUACAUUAGCGUGAAAAACGAUGACUACAUGUCGAGGGCCUCAAGCACCCAGUCUCAGCCUCGACCCGCCGAUUCCGAACCGCCCCCGGUGCAUUACAGGGACAGUGUAUUCCCCUUGAAUGAGAUGGCUUUGGCUGGGCAGUUGGGAUUAUAUUCCAGCCUCAGCCUCAACAACACCGACGCUCAGACGCAGCCAUCAGUCUCACAGAUCACUGAAGACAUGUUUUUCUCCCUUGAGAGCGGGCUCAUGGACUCGAGUUUUACGGAUAAUGGGCUACUGGCUUGGGAUGAACCGGGUAUUUUCAUAGACUUCCGGUAG